AUGAACACCACCCAGGCUUCUAUCACCGAUGUUCUGCGGAACGUAAAAGGAGACCCGGUUACUGUAAUUCUUAUUGGUUUUGUGGCUCUGAUUUUAGUGUAUACUACAUUACUUCCAUUUUAUUUGCGGAUUAAUAAAGUUAAUAAGGAGCGGGAUAAAAAAACCCUCUUCUUCCCUAUCACGAAUCACUUCUGUUUUAUGGUCAAAGCUUCCUAUUUCUUAUUUGUGAUCCUUCUUAUUGAUUCCACACUUCUUAUGAAAUUUCCCCAGGCAGUGAUCCAAUUUGAUGUCUCAUUGCAAAUACUUAUGCUUUUCCUGUUCUACGUGCUUUAUAUCUGCAUGCAAGCCUUCCACUUGUUGAUAUUUUUCCUAUCUAUUGGACUAUGAUAACAAUGAUGACAUCGAUAAAGCAUCUUCCCGUGUGAAUUUGGGAUUUGGGAUCACUUGUCUAGUGCUCAGUGUGUUUAUAUUUGUCUCUGCAAUUCUCUACAUCCCAAUUAUGCUUAGUGUUCGAAAGCAGUCGAAUCUGAAAACUUUCAAGAAGGAUAGGCCGCAGACUUAUAUAUUCUGGCAGACAAUGGUUGUGUUGAUUUUCAAGUCCACCUAUAUCCCAUUCUUCAUUGCCUCAAUGCGUGGCGGUGAGUUCUCCAUGAGCACUUUCAUUCACUUUAUUUUACUAUCCGACUUUGUCACAAUGCCACUGAUCAUUCAAGUAUCAUAUUUGGCCUGCAAUAAGCGAAACUCGAAUAUGUUGUGUUCUUCACUCAGAUUCCAACAGUUUAUGAGAAAUAGUGUCUAUGUCAGUUCAUCGGUACGGCCCGCGAACGCUGUUGAAAUUAUUUCAAGUCAAGUUUCUCAGGCAUAA